GAGGCGAGACGUGCUUUCGAGCGGUUCGACGGGAACCGCACGGGCAAACUCAGCGGCAAGGAGCUCCGGGAAGCGCUCGACAGCAUGAAGCUCGACUCGACCAGCCACGACGGGGCCGCUCUGCUUCGCAAGUUCGACGCGGAUGGCUCAGGCACACUCAGCUUGAGUGAGUUCCAGCAGCUCUGCCAGCAGCUCGAGCAGGCGGCAGUUGUCGUAAGCCCAGAGGUGAGGCGCGCCUUCGAGCGGUACGACCACAACGGGUCGGGCGCCCUUGACAGGUCGGAGCUCGAGGCGGCCCUCAGAGACAUGGGCCUAGACAUGACUAGCAAGGAGGCGGGCGUGGCAUUGCGGAGUGUGGAUGUGGACGGCAAUGGCCGCCUCGACCUCCAAGAGUUUGCCCGUUUG